CCUAAACGAGCGAUGAGCAAAUCGAGAGCCGGUAGCGCUCGGCACACAGGGCUUCAGGACGCUGCAGGGGCAUGAAUUGUGCUCCAGGCGAGCGGACCUCCCUAGAACCCCGAGGCUGCCGUGGAGAUUUGGUGAGAGGCCCGAAUGGAGGCAAUUAGCAACUCUGCCGGCUUUGCGGGCAUGGGCUCGGGCAGAUUGAGAGGAUGUGUCCUGGGUCUGUUGGUGCUGUUGGUUCUAAGCUGCGAGCAGAUGGUUGUGGGUGUGGAUUUAAGUGACAAGGAACAGGCCUCUGUGGCCAGAUUUCAGGAGUAUUUGAAGAUUGACACCGUGCACCCAUUUCCCAAUUAUUUCCCGGUUACGGAUUUUCUGAUCGGGCAAGCGAAGCAGAUCGGCCUUGAUAUUAAAGUCUUAGAAUAUGCUCAGGCAAAGCCUGUUGUUCUCAUGAGUUGGGAAGGAACGGAGCCACUGCUGCCUUCUGUGCUUCUGAAUUCUCACACUGAUGUCGUGCCUGUCGAGUUUGCCAACUGGAAGUACCCUCCGUUCUCCGCCACCAUGGAUGAGGCAGGCAACAUAUAUGCCCGGGGUUCCCAGGAUAUGAAAUGUGUAGGCAUGCAGUACUUAGAGGCCAUUCGCAGUUUGAAGGCCUCCGGGUACAAACCGCAGCGCUCAAUUCAUGUAUCUUUUGUUCCUGAUGAGGAGAUUGGAGGCAGUGACGGUGCCCAAAAAUUCUACGAAUCGGAAGAUUUCACGGAGCUCAAUGUUGCCUUAGUUUUGGAUGAGGGUCUCGCCUCUGAGGACAACAAUUACCGAGUGUUUUAUGCGGAACGGUCAGUCUGGUGGUUUUAUAUCACAGCGAAAGGACACCCGGGGCAUGGAUCAAGACUGCUCGAGGGAAUGGCUAUGGAGAAUCUGAGAAUAAGUUUGGAUAAAAUUGCAGAGUUUCGGACGUCCGAGUUCGAUAAAGUGAAGUCCGGAGAGAAGGCGGAAGGUGAAGUCAUCUCUGUGAACAAUGUGUACUUGACUGCCGGAACUCCCACUCCUACUGGAUUCGUUAUGAAUCUACAACCAUCAGAAGCAGAAGCAGGUUUUGAUAUGAGGUUGCCACCUAUUGUCGACACGGACGCUCUGCAAAAGCGAAUGGAUGAGGAGUGGGCACCUGCAUCUCGCAAUGUCACUUGUCGAUUUAUUCAGAAGAAGGGUGUUCUCAACAAAUUCGGAAAACCUUCAAUGACAUUGCUCGACGAGUUGAAUCCGUGGUGGCCGCUGUUUCAAGAGAGCGUCGCAAAAGCAGGAGGGAAGCUUGCGAGGCCUGAAAUUUUCAUGGCAUCCACAGACGCUCGGUUCCCCCGUUUCCAAGGCAUUCCUGCCAUUGGCUUCUCGCCUAUGUCCAACACACCAAUUUUGCUGCACGAUAACAAUGAGUUCUUAAACGUGAAGGAGUAUCUCAAGGGAGUCAAGGUGUAUGAACAGAUUCUGCAAUCAUUCACCAGUCCCACUGAAGAGACUCCGUCGAAAAGCUCAACAGGAGCUUUCACAGAAACAAUCCACUCGGAGCUCUAAGUUUUCUACAUAUUUUGCUGAAGGUAAGCGGGCAGUUUUAGUCACAUUAAAUGUUUGUACAGGUGAUGAAAACUGCUCUUAUUGUUCAUUGGGGUGAGUGAAAAACGUGGGAGGAAUAUGCAUCAUUACUGGGUACAAAGAUAUGAUAUGGGAAGCAGAUUCAGUUUACCUGAAGUAGACGUAGAGGUAGGUAGGAGUCUUGUCUCCAGAUACGUGAUACUACGUGUAUCCGAAGUGAUCAUGCACGGAGUGAGCAAGUCUCAAUCCUUUACCGUUGUUUUUCCACCAAUCACUCUAAUAGCAAGGAGUUUGUAAAGUUUUGCCUUGAAUUAGAGAAACAAGAGUAUCAGUCAAAGUUUUGUUAUCUUUAUAAUGAAAAGAUAGAUAAGAUGAAGAAGCUGGAAGCAAAAUGCUCAUUUUUGUUGAUGUUCAUAUAUUACUAGAUCUAACGAUGUGAAUGGAGGUGUCAAAAAAUUGUGUAAAUGUUAUGUAU